CCUAGCACUCCCGCCGCGGUUCCGCCCCCCUCCAACCUCCCCGCUGCGCGCUUCUCCCGGAAGCGCCUACUGGGGCCGCAGGCUUGGCCAUGGCCUCUCUCCGGGACUUGGUGCGCGAUUGGCACCGUGGCGUACAAGCCGUAGAGCGCGAGGACUGGGGCAGCGCCUUGUGCCUCUUCUCACGCGUUCCGGCACCUCCCGCCAGGAUGUGCUUCAAUAUGGGGUGCGUGCACCUGCUGGCCGGUGACCCGGAGGCCGCGCUGCGGGCAUUUGACCGAGCAGUGACCCAUGAUGCCUGCAUGGCUGUCGGCUUCUUCCAGCGAGGAGUGGCCAAUUUCCAACUGGAGAGGUUCCAAGAGGCUCUGUCCGACUUCCGGGACGCCCUGGCCCAGCUGAGGGACAACGCUGCCAUCGACUACACACAGCUGGGGCUGCGGUUUAGGCUUCGGGCCUGGGAGGUGCUGUAUAAUGUGGCGGCAACACAGUGCCAGCUGGGGCUUUGGACUGAGGCCUAUGACAGCCUAGUGGAGGCCAUGUCUAAGUGGCCAGAGCAGGCCCAGGAUAGCCUGGAUGCUGCCCUGGACCAAGUACAGAAACAGGCCUCCCUGCAGCCUCAGCAGGUUCCCAGAGGUGAGGUCUUCCGGCCUCGCCGGCAGCACCUGGAGCAUCUGCAGCCUGUGGACUUCCUGGGCAAGGCCAAGGUGGUGGCCUCUGCCUUCCCUGAAGACCAGUGCUCAGGUGUCUGUCCUCAGCACCCUGAGAACAAAGGCCCUUCCUCCUCCCCCAGGACCAGAGUUAUAGACCCCCAAAGAGCAGGCAUCCACCACAGCCCACUCAAUGCAGGGACGGAGGCUGGUCCUGACCAAGCAGGGCAGGCUGACCACUGCACGUCGGUCUCCCGUCAGGAAGAGAGGUCCCAUAUGGAGCAAGUUGGAAGACGGGCUCCUCCAUGCGCAGGGUUGCUGGCAUGUGGGGGGCCUAGCCCCGGUCCUGCUGAGGACCUAGAAGGUGCUGGGGGAACAGCCACCAGCAUUCCUGAGCCCUGGGUGACCAUCACUGUGCAGUGUGCCUUCACUGUGGCCCUGGAGGCCCAGAGGGGAGCUGACCUGUCCAGCCUGCGAGCACUGCUGGGGCAGGCCCUCACUCGCCAUGCCCAGCUGGGGCAGCUCAGCUACCAAGCCCCUGGCGAGCAUGGGCACUGGGUCCCCAUCUCCGGGGAGGAGGCACUCCAGAGUCUAUGGCUGGAUUCGGACACUGUCCCCAGAGGGCUGCAGCUUCAGUGUCAGGGGGCAGGGGGACGGCCUGUCCUCUACCAGGUAGUGGCCCAACACAGCUAUGCAGCCCAGGGACCCGAGGACCUGGACUUCCAGCAGGGAGACACAGUGGACGUGCUGUGUGAAGUGGACACGGCCUGGCUGGAAGGCCACAGGGAUGGCCGCAUCGGCAUCUUCCCCAAGUGCUUCGUGGCCCCUGCCACUCGUCGCCUGUGAGGAUCCUGCCUGCCCCUGGGCCCAGCAGGGAGGAUCAGCCCCAGGAAAUCCUGUGUCCAGGAGGUUUUAAUAAAAACACUCCCACAUGA